CGACUGAACCAAACAGAGUGCAGAGUUAACGGAUCAGCGGUGAAGAUGUCUCACAGUGUGAAGAAGAGAAAAUUAGAUAAAAACCGUCAGGAUACGCUUUAUUUCGACAGCUACUCCGAUGUGACGAUACACGAGGAGAUGAUCGCCGACUACGUCCGCACCAAUACUUACCGGACGGCGAUUGAGCGGAACAGUGAGCUGAUUCGUGGGAAAGUAGUCCUGGACGUGGGUGCAGGAACCGGCGUUUUGAGCGUGUUCUGUGCACAGGCCGGAGCCAAGAAGGUGUUCGCUGUAGAGGCCUGCUCCAUCGCUGAGCAGGCGGUCAAGAUAGUCCGGCAGAAUAACCUGCAGGACCACAUAGAGGUGAUCCGGGGCACGGUUGAAACCGUGGAACUGCCUGAGCCAGUGGACGUGAUUGUGAGUGAGUGGAUGGGGUACGCGCUGCUGCACGAGUCCAUGCUCAACUCGGUGUUGUACGCGCGCGAUAAGUGGCUGAAGCCUGGCGGCCUCAUCCUGCCCAGCAAAGCCGAGCUCUACAUCGCACCGGUCUGCGACCCGGUGGUGGAGGACCGGCUCCACUUCUGGUACACCGUCAAAGACCAGUACGGCGUGGACAUGUCCUGCAUGUCCGACUUCGCCCGCAAAUGCAUCAUGAACUCCGACAUCACGAUGAACUUCGUGUCCAUCGAGGACGUCCUGUCGCACCCGGCCCGCUUCGCCGAGCUCGACCUGUACUCGGUGACCGCGGAGGAGCUGCGGUCAGUGAAGGGCCACUUCAGGUGCGAGUCGUUCGGUUGCUCGGCGGUGAGCGGGUUUUGCGUUUACUUCACUGUGACGUUCACGUGCCCAGACAUGCAGCAGGGGCUCGUGCUGUCCACGUCCCCGUUCAAACCGGACACGCACUGGAAGCAGGCGGUGCUGUACCUAGACGCGCCGGUCAGCGUGGAGCAGGACACGUUGGUCAGCGGUGAGGUCAGCAUGUUUCCCUCGGAGGACAGUGCCAGACACAUAUGUAUCGGUGUGGACUUCACCAUAGGAGAGCAGAAAAGACAAACCAAGAUCUUCUCCAUCCCUGACUGGAGCAACAGCGAGCCUCAGCCAUGACACAGAGAACCAGGGCAGCAACCAAUAACCAGUUAUUGAAUUACUAUUUUGUUAAUCCGUUUGUCUAUUAUGUUUAAUACCAAGAAGUUCUCUGGCCUCUUAAAUGUCAACAUUCACUUGCCACUUUAUUAGGUGCACAUGACACCAAAUACUACUACUACUAAUGAUAAUGAUAAUAAAAGCAAGUACAAGUAACAUGAGUCUACUUUUAUCACUUUUCAAGCUGUCUUUGCAAUUUGCAUAUCAUGAAUGACGUGACAUGUUUGACAAAUCCUUGUAAAUGACUUGUUUCUGAUGCUACAUUGUCCUUGCAUUGACAAGCAGUUGAACAGAUGUACCUAAUAAAGUGGCUGGUUAUUGUACAAACCAAAGCGAUGUAGUUUUUGUUUUAAAGGAGCGAAGACACCAGAAAAUAAUCUACCUCUUUGGUUUGUGCACAGGUUGGGGAAACGCUCGUCUUUUUUUUUCUUAAUUUUUUUUUAGUGGAACACGCAACAAGAUGAUUACAUGAGGAGAAAUAAAAAUGAAUAGAUGCAUCGAGAAUGAAAAUAAUUGUUACUUGCAGCCCUACCCAGUAUUUCUCAAACUCUUUCCCUGUGUGUGUGUUUACAAAAGAAGUUAAUUGAGACCAGUCUGAUGAUUGCAAAUAUUAUUCAUAUGUAGAACUUCAUUGCUGCCACAAAAACCUUUCUGCAGCUAUUUUGAUCUAACGUGUGAGCUUCAGCAUAUGCCUCUGGAUCACAGUUUUAAUGUUGCCUGAUACAUCAUUUGACAAAUAUGAGUGUAUAAUCCAAACACCUUCUCUCUGCAUUUUUAUGAACCUCAUAGGAAGGUUUUCAUGUUCCUCCAAUGCAACAAAAGCUAGUGCCAACCUGCAAACAUCUGACAUUCUAAUAAAUUCUCAUCAAAAUGCAACAAUGAGAUCAAAAUAUUGACUUGGCCCAGCUGUGGUCAGGCAGCAGGCUAUGCCGUCCAGGAGGUGCUUGACUUUGGCUGCCGCUCACUUGCUUUUUAAUUGAGACCCAGUUUGGGUCAUUGUCUGCGUUUAGAGCGAGUACACGCUCAUGUUGGCUUGGAUUAAAACAUACAGUUCCUCUGCAGCGUUCUGCCGUGCAACAACAGUCUUUCAUUUCCAGCUGCAGUCUUUCCUUUAAUCACUACAUUACUGUAUCCCACAGCAGCAACAAAGGCCAGUAAUAUUUUUGAAAUAAAAGUUCUCGGACUGAUUCCCACACUUGACAGUUUCUAAUUAUUAAUUGAUCAGAAGGUUUAUUGUCAGUGGGUUUUCUGUUGCAGUUUGUGUGUGUGUUUUUAUGACUGAACAAAUGUGAACUAGAGAAAUAAAUUGUUGCAUAGUU